AUGAAAAAAUUGUGUUGUAAAAUUUAGAGUGAUAUGAGUAUUCCUGAAGAAACUGUUAUUGAAGAGAGAGAACAGUGUGCAUUAGUAUCUAAUGAUUUUGAUUGGCAAUAUAUGGUACACAACACUGUUGACAGAGUUAGUCUGGAUAUCAGCCAUUGUGGAAUCACAAAUGUUCCUAGUUCUUUUCUUGCAAAGUGUUAUAAUAUGCAGGAUCAUUACAUUCACUGAGAGGUAUUCAGCUGGCAAGGAACCCAAUCGUGUAUCCUCCUCAGAAUAUCAUCAACCAAGGUGUUCAAGCCACAAUACACUUCUUGAGAAGGCAGUGGCAACAGCUGAAGUCUCCUAAACACAUUCAGCUAAUUUCAGAGACCCACUCACAGACAAAAACAGCCUGCCCUAAAUCUAAAUCUUGUACGUGAAUAUUUAUUAUGUAACAUAAAUAUAAGAGUGUCUAAUAAACAUUUUCAAUUACAUUCCUUU